AUGUCAAUGUGGCGCUUCUCCCGCCCCCUCCUCCGCGCCGCCGCCGGCGCGGGCGCCUCGGCCGCCGCGCCGCCGCGCGCGCGGGCCGCCGCAGUCGCUUUCAGGUUGCCCCCGCCGCCGCAGACGCCGUGCGGCCUCUUCCAGCAGCGGUUCCGCUUCGCGUCGCUGCCGGCGGCGGAUGCGGCCGCGGGGAGGGACCCGGAGGCCGAGGUGACGGCGGAGGAGGCGAGGCGGCUCAUGCGGAUGGCCAACGUGGAGGCGCUCAAGCGGCGGCUCGGGGACGGCGAGGUGAUCCCCUACGCGGAGCUGCUGCGCAAGUGCGAGGAGGCCGGCGCCGCCCGCACCCGCGCAGAGGCCACCGCGCUCGCCGGCGCGCUCGACGAGGCCGGCGUCGUGCUCCUCUUCCGCGACAAGGUCUACCUCCAGCCCGACAAGAUUGUGGAUCUUGUAAGAAAAGCUAUGCCCCUUGCACUGACACCCGAGGAUGAUCCAAGGAAGGAAGAGCUCAAGCAACUCCAGACACAUUUGGAAGAAAUCAACAAGCUUGCACACAAGCAAGUCCGGCGUAUCCUCUGGUCUGGGCUAGGGUUCCUGAUCACGCAGGUCGGGCUCUUCUUCAGGCUGACCUUCUGGGAGUUCUCGUGGGACGUCAUGGAGCCCAUCACAUUCUUCACAACUGCGACGGGUCUGGUUGUCGGGUACGCCUACUUCCUCAUCACAUCAAGGGAUCCGACGUACCGGGACUUCAUGGAGAGGAUGUUCCAGUCCCGGCAGAGGAAGUUGAUCCAGAGGCAGAAGUUCAACCUGGACAGGUACCUGGAGCUGCAGAGGUGCUGCAAAGAUCCUCUGGAGAAGAUCUGCGGCACAAGCCAUUUCUCCAACGCCGACAUCGCUCAUCUGCACGAGUUGUCUGUUCACAAGUGA